AUGGUACUAGAAAGCCGCUUUCAACAACUCACAGAUAUUGAAGUGUGGGAGCACUGCAUUGGGAUGAACCAAAUCUCCGACAUUCCCGAUUUUGCACGAGAAGCUGCCAACCACAUCAUCGUGGUGUGUCUGGACUGCGAACACUGGUCCAACAACACGGAAGAGACGACCGAAGUGGGUAUCGCUACCUUUUCCCGGCAAGAUGUUGCGUCACUUGUGGACAGGGGAGAUUUUGGAGAUUUUGGAGAGCAUUUACUGCAGCAAGUACAAUUCUACUUGCUACGGCUGAUCGAGACAUCGCAUUUACCAAACCAGAAUCCACUUUCACGAGGGGUACUUGGCAAUCGAUUUGGAAAAGGCCGUUUUGUCACGUUUGCUCAAGCACGCCAGAUAUUGCACGAUCUCUUUGUCCAACCUAUCAAGGGCGUUCCUGGGUCGAAGGGAAAUCGUCCCAUUGUCGUCCUGGGCCAUGACGUUAGCCACGACAAGAACAACCUGAAGCACAAAGCGAUCGAAUUCGACAUGGACCCUCUUGGCACGGUGGUCCGAUACAUUGAUACACAAGUUCUUGCUCGAGAGGGGAAGUGUUGGAACAUGCCCCGCAAGGAACAGAUUGGACUGAAGCGACUUGUGGAAAACCUGUGGUUCGAGCAUAGUGACCCCCACACCGCGGCCAACGAUGCGGGUCGUACAUUGAUUUGCGCCUUUCAGAUUGGGCUUGGUAAACACUAUUGCAGGGAUCACCCGAGGUAUAGGAUGCUCGAAGUGGCCACUGAUAUUGAGCGGUAUAGCGUUGCCAACUUCAAAUCGAUCGGCGGUGUAGAAGAGUACUGUUGGAGAUGUGGUCAAUCCGGGCAUAUGAAGUCCGCUUGCACAGCAACAGGCCUUCACUGCGACGAGUGCAAGUCCAACAAAUGCCAACUCGAACCCGGCGAGGAACACAUCUCAGCACAUUGCAUGUGCGUUGCCAACACCAACGCAGCUCAACGACGGGAGAGAGAUGCGCAGGCACGAGCCCAAAAAAGAAAAAAGAAAAAAUACAAUUCGCACGGGAGUUCCUCCUCUGACGACCACGGUCAACCUCAUUCGGGCGAUAAAGACCAUCCCCCUUCGAUAUCGCCCAGUCAGGUUUCGCACUCUGGGAAGCCAAAUGGGCAGGAGGCCACCCACAAGGGCCACAGGAAACAACCAUGGAACAACAGCUGGAGAGAAUCACCUGAAAAUGGAUCCAGCAGCAGAUUUGACAAACGUCGUGGCUCAGGUGGUGGACAUUCGUCACGUGAUGGGUCAGACCACUCUUCUUAG